AAACGAUCCACGAACAACAGUCCUUUUGUAAAAUAAAUAAAAUUAACAAAAUAAUAAUUAAUUAAAACAAAUAUUGACUUUUGUUUGAUCUCCGUGAAUUGUUUGAAUUUUACAAACAAUACAAUAUUCGGUGUGCGUCUUUUGUUUUGUGCACGUUGCGGUGUGUACAGUGAAGUGAUUGAUAUAAUAGAAUUUACGAGAAUUGUUUUAUCAACUGUGGAUUUUGUGUGAUUGAUACUCUUUCAGUCUAAAGUGUAUGUUUGGACUGUGUUGUGUGUUAUAUAGUGUUUUUCAAGCACAGCGUAGUGUUGUUGGAUUAUUUUGACAAAUAAGAACUAUGGAGCAGUCAUGAUACUCACAUCGUCACACUAGGGGGCAGCACUACUCCAGGAUGAGCCUCACCAGGUUGGGUCAGAAAGUGGAAGGGACGGCGGGGAAGAGCGCCAAGGACUGCCCCUGUUACUUCUGCAAUGAACUUUUUGAACUGGGACAGUUACAGAACCACCUGAAGAUAUGUGGCAGUAUACUGGAGCAGUGCCCGCUGCGCUGUGGAGCCUGGAUACAGAGGAAACACAAGGACACACACGUCAAGGACUGCCCCAAGAUGGAAAAGACCCGUAAUUCAUCGAGUCACGUGAGCGUGCCAGCGCCGGCGCCUCCACCACCAGUACCAGUCUCCAACCACACCUGGUCACCACGACAGGUGCCCCUCGAUGACUGCGUGUCCUACUUGGAGAAGGAAGUCGCUUCCAUCAAAUUAGUCCUAACAGAAGAAUCAGGUCACCGCGACGUGCAAGCGACGGAGAUAGAGAACAUUCGUUCGAAGCUGGUUCUGGUGGAGGAACGCAGUCAGCACUUCCUCUCAACCCUCGUGUCUCUAAGAGCAGCGGUAGAUGAUGAGGCCGAGAGGUCUGCCAACUGGGCUGCACAGUUCAAGCACGACUUGGCCAAUGUGCAGCUGGCACUGCAGGAACUACAAAGCCAGCAGCUGACUACAGUGAUGAGACUGGAGAGUGCAGUGAGCAGCCUGGUGCAUGAGCAGCACGAGCGGGAACUGCUGGAACAGGCGCUAACACAACAUGACAAUAGGAUUAGAGCAGUCAACAAACUCGAGGAAGUAAUAAACUAUAUAAGGCAGACGGUAGAAGAGGAACGAGAGAGGAAUGCGGAGAACCGCGCGGCAUUGGAGGCAGAGCUGAUGGAGGCCAGGAGGUCCUCGGAGCAGCUCGCUAACCUGUCGGCUCUGAGGAUGCAGCUGCAGGCCACGUCUGAUGAGAGGCCGGGCAUAGACCGCGUGGCAGUACUAGAAGUGGCGACAGCAGACGCCAGAGCCGAGUUGUCAGAACACUCCACGAAAGUAGACGCAGUACUGAGAGACCUGCGUGCUCUCACCAAGUCUUACCACAAAAUGAGGAACGAGCUCGCUGACUUCCAGUCCAAGGUCACCUUCGAUAGAAAUGAGCUGGGAUCUGAGGACGGUCGUUUUAUAUGGAGAAUAGACAAGUUCCUGUCUCGAAUGAAGGAGGCCAAGGAGAAUGACACCGUGUUGAGCAGCCCUCUCUUCAGGACCAGCAAGUAUGGGUACACGCUGAAGGCAGAAAUCAACCUGAACGGUAUCGGUAAAUGGAAGGGCCGUCACAUUACAUCAACAGUCCGGCUGGUAGCUGGACCGUACGAUGCUCUGCUGGAGUGGCCCUGCGACCUCAACAUCAACAUCAUACUCCGAGACCAGCCCAACAACAGGAGCCAGGCAAUGGACAUAGUGAAGUCACUGCAACUGAAGCGCAAGUCAUCGUCUAAACGUCAUGACUACGAUGACGGUGGUGAUGAUGACAAGACCAAGUCAUCAGAUACCCUGGACAAGACAGUCACCCAACUGAAGAGACAGUACAUCUUUAUACCGCACACCAGUCUAGACAAGUUCGAAUAUGUUAAGAAUGACGUCAUGUUCAUUGAGUUUAUAGUUAAUCAAUAAUUUUAGGGUAGUUUCUGUUUUAUAUUUUAUUUCGGAAGGGUUAUGGUCGAUUUUUGUAGAUUAUGAUUUAUGUAACAGAAUUUUAUGUAAUUUAUUUUGUAAAUUUCGUAAUAAGGAUUGUAAAUGUCCUAUAUUUAAGACAUUUUGUCAAUAAGCCAUGUGUAUUUAUACGUAGGAUACUAAUUCAGUUGCUUAGAUUUAACCCACCCGAGCUUAUAUCUUCACGACAGACAAAUGUUCAAUUAAUAUUGUACCGCAAUGCAUCAACUCACCUCUCAUUAUUCUCUCAAGUUACUUGAGAUCAGUAGAACAAUAUGUUUUCUUCCAUUCUCCUCUAUCAGACGUCAUCACAUGACAAACUUGUUUCUACUUUAUACCAUUGCUUAAAAAAUCUAUCCAUCUUGACUUUGUUUGUCGACGACGUCUUAAUCAACCCGUAUACAUAAAAAGCACUAACUUUAUUACAUGACUUUCAUCACUUUUAAUUCUCAUCAUAUGUAUAUAUAUACCCAAAAAGAUUACCUUACACGCAAAUACUAAAAGGCUACUCAAUUUUAACUUGUACUUAAAUAUCGUGCCAUAUCUGUCAUCCUACAAAGAAAUUGCAGUGACAGAACUAUACUUAAGCUCGACUAAACAUAAGUAACAUUUCAGUACUCGGGCAUUAUUGUGUAAACCAUUAAUUAUUAGGUUAUAUUUCAUGUUCACCACGAAUGAAAUUAAUAAGACUAUAUACAAUUAACUUGUAGACUCUCUAAUUUGUACUAGAAAAAAAUAAAACAUUUCCUUCCUGUAUACAUAUUUUAUUUAUUCAAUAAUUACAUCAACUAAGUAUUUUACUUAUACAUAGGAUUACGACAAAAUUAAUAAAAAUAUUUGUU